CGCUUGGUGACGGUGACGCGACGCUGACAGGACGGAACAGGAUUCUAUUUUUCGAUUCGAAGCGGCAAUGGCAACAGAUGAUUCCAUCAAGGUCUGUCGCAUCUUCUGUCUCACUGGGAACCAAUGUAGAUGCAGAGGCACUAAACAUGGAUGACACUCCCAAGGCUCCCCACCAACGGUUUAUUGUGCAUUAGCAACGAGUCGGGAGAAACAACUAUGUUCGAGUCGUCAAGUUCCAGCCCUUCUGAUUCACGACUCGGAGAAAUGCAGCCAUCCGCAGCGGAGUUCGGUGGUCAGCUCGCGAGAGUAAAAUCGGAACCUUGCGAAGAUGAGUGCCUGCCAGAACAGGGCCUGAUUCAGGAACAGCACUGCAGCGACUCUGCAUCAGAAGGCGAUACUUACGGGAUGAAGGCUAAGCUGGGCCACAUUAAGGAAGAACAUCAGGACACACCUCCCGAUGAACAAGUCCUCCUAGUAGCGACGACGGAGCCUUACAACGCCACCAUUUUGGCCGGGCAGGACCAGGAGGGACACGGCCACGGCUCAGAAUCACAAGCUGAUACAUCAACGGAGUUCAGCAAGAGUACCCAUCUGGUGCCUCACAAGCAGACACUUACAAGCGAAGAGCAGUACAAGUGCGACGUCUGCCCCGCUCAGUUCAGUCACAACAAGAACCUGCGGCGCCACAAGAAGAUACACGUGAGCGACAAGCCACACAAGUGCGAUCUCUGUCCCGCAGAGUUUGUCCACAGCACGAACCUGCGGGUUCACAAGCGAAUACACACGGGCGAGAAGCCUUACAGGUGCGACCUCUGUACAGCAGCGUUCGGCCAAACCACGAGCCUGCGGCGUCACAAGAGGACGCACACGACCGAGAAGCAAUGCAAGUGCGACAUCUGUCUUGCGGAGUUCAACUGCAGCGCCGACCUGCGGCGUCACAAGCAGACACACACGGGCGAGAAGCCGUACAAGUGUGACGUCUGCCCCGCGGCGUUCAGCCAGGGAAAGAACCUGCGGCGUCACAAGAAGAUACACACGGGCGAGAAGCCGUACAAGUGCGACCUCUGUCCCGCGGCAUUCGGCCAGGUCACGAAUCUGAGGGAUCAUAAACGGACACACACGGGCGAGAAGCCGUACAAGUGCGAUAUCUGUGCUGCGUUGUUCAGCCACAGAACUAACCUGCGGUGCCACAAGCUGAGACACACCGGCGAGAAGCCGUACAAGUGCGACCUCUGUCCCGCAGAGUUCAGCUGCAGCACUGACCUGCGGCGUCACAACAAGAUCCACACAGGUGAGAAGCCGUACAAGUGCGAUCUCUGUCCUGCAAGGUUUGGCCAGAGGACAAACCUGCGGUACCACAAGCAGAUACACACGGGCGAGAAGCCAUACAAGUGCGACCUUUGUCCUGCGGCGUUCAGCCACAACACGAACCUGCGUCGUCACAAGCAGACACAUACGGAUGAGAAGCCGUACAAGUGCGACCUCUGUCCCGCAGAGUUCCGACAGAACGUGAGCCUGCGGCAUCAUAAGCAGGCACACGCAGGCGAGAAGCCAUGCAAGUGCGAUCUCUGUCCUGCAGCGUUCAUCCACAGCACGAAUCUGAGGCGUCACAAGCAGACACACACGGAUGAGAAGCCGUACAAAUGUGACAUGUGUCCUGCAGAGUUCCGACAGAAUGUGACCCUUCGACUUCACAAGCAGAGACAUAUGGGCACAAAGCCAUAAGACUACAAUCCUUGGCCUCCAGUGCUCAGCCAGUGUAUGAAACUGCAGGAUCACAAGUGGACGCACACAGGUGCACCACAGAAGUGCGAUCUCUGUCCUACAAACUGCAGCCUCCGCACACACCUGCGGCAUCACAGGCAGGUGCACAAGGGGGAGAAGCCCUUGAAGCUGAUCUCCAUCCUUUAGAGAUCAGCAAGAGCAUGAGCCUAUGGUGUUACAAGGAGGCACACUUAGGCAUGGAGCCAUGGAAGUGUGAUGUCAGUCUUGCAGUGUUCAGCUGCACCAGUGACCUGCAGCCCAGCUGAGGACGCCAGCAGCUUUGUGGCAGGGUACGAGUCGCUUUGACAUGGCAUCUUCUGCAAGGGACAUUAAACACAGUGUGCCGUGUGUUAGGACUUUCACACAUACACACACACACACAUUCAAGAACCAAUCUACAGACCAACCACUGUGAUGUCAUUCAAGUCAUGAUCACAGUUGGCUCACGAUGUAAAGCCACAAAUUAUUAUUAUUAUUACUGACCUGUGGCAUUACAAGCAGGCACACACAGGCGAGAAGCCAUACAAGUGGAAUCUCUGUCGUGCAGAGUGCAGCCGCAGUACAAAUUUGUUUGGUCACAAGCAGACACACAUGGGUGAGAAGCUGUAGAAGUGUUAUAUCUGUCCUGCGGAGUUCCAACAGAGUUCCAACACAACCUGUUCCUGUGGUGUCACAAGUGGAGACACAUGGACACGAGUCCUGAAGGGUAUGAUACCUGUCCUCAAACGUUCAACCAGCUCAUGAACCUGCAGGAUCACAAGCAGACAUGCAUGGGUGCAACACAGCAUGUCACUGUCCUACAAAGUUAAGCUGCACUGUGCAUCUGCAGCAUCGCAAGCAGACAGCACAGGCCAGAAGACCUAGGAGUGGACCUCUGUCCUUCAGAGUUCAGCUACAGCAUGAGCCUAUGGUGUCACAGGCAGACACAGAAGAAUUGCACAACUGGGUACUCUGCAAUGCAAUACUUGUCCUCCAUGGGUGCGUGUUGAACCAAAUUUGGAUGCACACCAGUAGUGACAGCAGCACUGACCAGCGAGAAGCCAUACGCAAGUGUCAUCUCUGUUACGCCAUGUGUCCUCAGCUGGGAGGCCUAAAGAAGCACAUCAUAUUGCACAAAAAAACUUUGCGAGAGGCUGUGAUACUCAGUGAUGGUGUGAUGGGCUGUGAUGUUGACUGAAUGGGUUACGAUGUGGUGGACUGUGAUGGUGAUGUAGAAAGGUUGGUUAUGAUGUGAUAGGGGCUUUGAUGGAGAUGCAAUGGUAUGGUCCGUGGGCGUGGCCAAACAUGAUGUGAUAUUGAAUGAAUUUUUCUGAAAAUCCCAGCUUCUGAUGCUGAGUUCUUUUAAGGACCUUUGGUGCAUCACCAGGUGGGCCCAAAUAUCAACUCCUUUUAACCUCAGUCUGUUCAUGUAUGCGAGCUUCAAACAUCCAAUGGCAGUGAAGUGCAGUAGUAGUGCUCCUGUUUUCCCUCUCCGCAUACACAGGAAAGGAAAACUGGAACGGUUCUACUUGAACAUAGAAAAAUGGCGACCAGAUCUCCUUAUUUCCAGGCCCUUUCAUUGCGCUAUAAUUGUCUAGUGUUUUUUUGUUCUUUUUUUCUGAAAACAGUGUUACCAAUGACCCCAAGGGAUUCGAUAUUCUUAUUGGGUCGAUCUCGUAUCUUUGAUAAUUAAAAAGUUAAUUAAUCCACCAACACAGAAGUUUGCCGUGCCUUCUUAAGGAGGACCUUUUGGGCUUAGAGCACGUCGCCAUUGGUUAAAACUGGGUAAAACAUGAGUAAAAACUCAGCAUAAUACACAUGACACAUACUUAUGCACACAGGAACUAUCGGCAAGAUUCCUAACGUUAGUUUUCUCCCAGUCUUUCAACCCUCAUACCAUUUGUCUGGUAAAUCGCGAAGAUCAUUCCUGUGCUCAAGUCUGGCAACAGAUUGGAUCCCAAAAACUAUAGGCCCAUACCAGUCUACCAUGCAAGUUUCUUGAGUACAUUAUCGUUUCCCGUUUAAUAACGAUUCUUGAACUCAGUAACUUCUUUUUUCCUUUCAACACAGUUUUCGGCACGGUUACUGCUAUGAGAUUCAGUUGGGUGGUGUCACACAUGAUAUUUUUGUAUGUCUCAACAGGAGUCGCCACGUUGAUGCCGUGUUCAUUGAUUUUGCCAAAGCUUUUGAUCAGGUUCCUCAUUCCCCCCUAAACAGAUAAGUUAUCUGCCUUCGCGUUGUGUUGUUUACGUGUCUUGCCCAUCGCUCAGGCUCGUCUAUCAUGAAGUCUGUACCUGCUCUAUGCAUUGUCCUGUCUGUUCUUAGCUGGAUUCAAAAUUGCAUCACAGGACAGAAGAUGUCGUAGCUAAUAACACAUCUUCCUCACGGGCAUCUGUUACCUCUGUUAUUCCCCAAGGCUCUGUCAUGGGUCCCCUGCUAUUACUUAUAUUAAUGACAUGUCUUCGGUUUUGUCAUCUCCCGUACGCCUCUUUGCAGGCGAUUGCGUUGUGUGUCGGAACGUGUCGAAUAUCCUUGAACAUGAUGCCCUCGAGAGUGACUUAGGCAAGAUACACUCCUGGUGCUUGACUUGGCUCUUACCAAUCAAUGCUAAAAAGUGCAGAAGUUACAAGGACCACUCCAUUUUCUUCCUGUGGUCACUUUGACACACUUAUCACUUGAACAGGUUGCGUCUGCUAAGUUCUCUUGACCGACAACCUUUCUUGGUCUCACCAUAUUUCGCAUGCAAUAAGUUCUGCCAACAGUACUCUGGGGUACUCUGGGGUACUCUGGGGUUCCUACAUUGCUCUCUCCUUCUCACACCCCGACAUAUUGAAGUACAACACUCGUGAGGCCAAAACGUGGAUACGUCACUUCAAUCUGGGACCCUCACCGGGCAUUCCUUAAAAAUUUCAUCGAAAGUGCAGCAAAGACCGUGCAGCCCGAUUUAUUCUUAAAAGGGCAUAAAAUGCAAAAACAAGUUCACUUCAAGCUACUUCACAUGCUAUGUUAAUUCCGUUACGGAGCUACAAUCGAGAUUAUAUCAGACUCUUUCUUGCUUCGGUGCUAAGCAGUGAACGUCGCUUCAGCUCGUGCAUCAGUGUUUCUGAUCCAUGCUGCACGUGCACGUGUGUGCCACGCCACGGAGAAGUCCAGGUGAAAAACAUGGUAGUAUGCGUUGCGAAGUGGGCUGGCAUCACUGUCCGAAGGACGUGAAGAUGAAUGUUGUCAGUGGAAAAUUUGCGAGAACUGUUGUACAGUUGUGGGGCACAAUUCAGUGAAUCGGUAUUGAAAAAUGCAGCAGUGCACAUAUGUGGAACAUAGUGUUCCGCACAUAGGCGGAACACUUCGAUCAGACCUGUUCGGAAUCCACGUGAACACGCUAAGUAUGCGUGUGCUUCUCCUGUUGUCUAAUUGGAUGCCACCAAUCUUUGCCUCCUGGGGAUACCAUUGGUUGCUGCCAACGGCGGCUCUGUUUUUAUUGCGUUUUUCUUCUAAAUGAUGGCGCUGUGUGAACAAACUUUGCUUUCAUUAUGCUAAUUGAAACACGGACUUUCGCUUGAGAGCAAGUUGUUUUUGCAUUUUAGUAAGAACUUUUUAACUUAUAAAAUAACUUUUGUCCAGACUGCAGUGCGACAGAACUAAAACGCGAACUUACAUCGGUGAAGUUACAACGGCGCAAGCUCUCGGCCUUGAAUCCCUUCUACGAGAUGUACCACAAUAACUGUUUACGUUGAUUAACACACUGAUCGUGCUUUUAAAGUUACGCCACUACAUUGCACAACAGACUACUACUUCCAGUCCUUCAUUCCGUGUACAAGUAGACUCUAAAAUGACCUUCCUCGUGAAGUCGUACUUAUCACUGAUAACGUAUUGCUCAAGCAUUCCAUUCCAUAGUCACUGCCCUUUUGCUUGAGGAGCACUUAAAUGUUUUGCGAGAUUUUCAAUGUAUCUUCCUGUUAGCAGUUUGCCUUCCACAUCUUCAAGUGCUUUGAUUCUAGCAGUUCGUACUCUUUGAAGUUUGUCAAAUAAUGUCCAAUUGUGUCGUGUACACCCUCCAUUAUGUUGUGUGGGACCUUACCCUACUUAACGUAUUUACAGUAAAUAAAUAAAUGCACACCGUUAGACACAGAUUAACAAUGUUUAGUCCAUGCACUUAAGAGGCAGGA